GAUCCGAAAACACUUGACCGUGGUAGUGUACUAAAAUAUUUUCUUCGUCGAGCUCAAAAACCAGAGGGUAGAGAGGAAGAAUAGCGGCAUUCUUGCGAUCGAGGGACCAAACGCGAGUUCGGUCCUCCUCUUCUGUGUCCUCGCAUCGACGAAAAAGGAAGAAAAAGUAAAGAAAAAGAUGACUAAUGAUCUGGAGAUGAAGGAGGUUCAAGCUCCAUCCAAUUCCGUGUCCUCGGCCACCGCUUCUUCCACCCUUCAGCGUUCUGGUUUGGUUUCAGAUCUGAAGGAGAUUGCUUCCUUGAUCGAGAGCGGCGCAUAUGCCAAGGAGGUGCGGCGGAUCGUGCGGGCGGUGCGGCUCACGAUGAUGCUCCGCCGGAAGCUCAGGGCGCCCGUGGUUUCUGCCUUCCUUGGUUAUGCCCUUGCCCCAGGCUCUGAGGCCCACUCCAGGCUCUCCUCCUAUCUUCCCAAGGAUGAGCAACAUGAUAUGGACGUGGAUACAGCAACUUCAGCAGUUCAGGGUCCUGCUAAGUAUUCUCUUCUGGAGCUUGAAAUCUACUGUUACUUGCUUGUUCUGAUAUUUCUGAUUGACCAAAAGAGUUACAACGAGGCUAAAGCUUGUUCUUCUGCUAGCAUUGCUCGCCUGAAGAACAUGAACAGAAGGACAGUUGACGUUCUAGCAUCUCGGUUGUACUUCUAUUAUUCGUAUAGUUAUGAACUGACAAAUAGUCUUGCUGAAAUUCGCGGAACCCUCCUUUCCUUGCAUAGAAUGGCAACCUUACGGCAUGAUGAGUUGGGUCAGGAAACUCUUCUGAACCUUUUGCUUCGCAAUUACCUCCAUUACAACUUAUAUGACCAGGCAGAAAAGUUGAGGUCGAAGGCACCACAGUUCGAGGCGCAUUCAAAUCAACAGUUUUGUCGGUAUCUGUUCUACUUAGGAAGGAUCAGAACCAUUCAGUUGGAGUAUACAGAUGCAAAAGAGAGCCUUCUGCAAGCUGCUCGGAAGGCACCAGUUGCAGCUCGAGGCUUCCGAAUCCAAUGCAACAAGUGGGCUGUUAUUGUUCGCUUGCUUCUUGGAGAGAUCCCUGAGAGAACUGUUUUUAUGCAGAAGGGCAUGAAGAAGGCUCUGACACCGUACUUUGAGCUUACAAACGCUGUGCGAAUUGGGGACUUGGAGUUGUUCAGGACUGUUGCAGAGAAAUUUUCCGGGACUUUCAAUUCAGACAGGACACGUAAUCUGAUCGUGAGAUUGCGACACAAUGUGAUAAGAACUGGGCUCCGCAAUAUCAGCAUCUCUUAUUCCCGCAUAUCUCUGGCUGAUGUAGCCAGAAAGUUGAGAUUGGACUCUCAGAAUCCUGUGGCUGAUGCUGAGAGCAUAGUAGCCAAGGCGAUCCGAGAUGGGGCAAUUGAUGCAACGAUAGAUCAUUCAAACGGUUGGAUGGUUUCUAAAGAAACUGGUGAUAUCUACUCUACAAAUGAACCUCAGAUUGCUUUCAAUUCCAGGAUCGUCUUCUGCCUGAACAUGCACAAUGAAGCAGUGAGGGCACUGAGGUUCCCACCCAACUCCCAUAAGGAGAAAGAAAGUGCAGAGAAGAUGCGGGAGAGGCAACAGCAGGAGCAGGAGCUCGCAAAGCAUAUUGCUGAGGAAGAUGAUGAUGAGUUCUGAUUAUGACUUUGUCAGAUGCUACAUUGUUUGAGUGAAGGUGUUUCACAAGCUUCUUUGAUUGGUGAGGAUAAUGCCAGUGGAAAUUAACUGUGCUUUUGUUACUACUCUCUUUCUUCUUUGCUUCCAGUUUCCAGUAUCCAGAAUUCAUGGAUCCAUAGUUUAGAUUUACCUCAGUUGAUCCACUUUGAUAGGAAAAGAUUGCUUUUUGAUUGUUAGACUGGAAAAUGUCUUGGACGAUGACAAUGAUGAUGGUAGUUGUCUGAAAUAAUUCUACUGCUGUAUUGCCUCUGUGUAAUAGUACUAAGUUUAAAAUCUAUUUGAAUUCAUGGUUAUGAAAGAUUUGUUGAGAGGAGGCUAAUUGUA